GGGCGGUGCCGUCUGGCUUGGUCGGGCCGGGGCGGGAGUGCGGCGCGGGACCGCAGGGCCCGCGGGCUGCGGAUGGCGGCCUGGGCGGCCGGCAGAGUCCUUAUGAUUUCACAUGUCUUUGCUGAACUUGUAAAAGAGGCACUUGGAUGAUGGAUUAACAGGAACACUGAGAUUCUGUGAAAAGUUUCAAGUCGGAGAGUAUUCAAUUUUCACCCUAGUCCGGCAGCUGUGCUGCUCACUUAAAUACAGAUGAAUGAAGACCCCAUUCGGGAAGACACCUGGCCAGCGGUCCAGAGCGGAUGCAGGCCAUGCUCGUGUGUCUGCAAGCAUGAUGAAGAAAAGGACUUCCCACAAAAAACAUCGGAGCAGUGUGGGGCCGAGCAAACCUGUUUCCCGGCCCCGGCGGAACAUCGUAGGCUGCAGGAUUCAGCAUGGGUGGAAGGAGGGGAGUGGCCCUGUCACCCAGUGGAAAGGAACCGUUCUGGACCAGGUGCCUGUAAAUCCUUCUUUGUAUCUUAUAAAAUACGAUGGAUUUGACUGUGUUUAUGGACUAGAACUUAAUAAAGAUGAAAGAGUUUCUGCGCUCGAAGUCCUCCCUGAUAGAGUUGCGACCUCUCGAAUCAGCGAUGCACACCUGGCCGACACGAUGAUGGACAAGGCGGUAGAGCACAUGCUUGAGACGGAGGACGGCUCCAAGGACGAGUGGAGGGGGGUGGUCCUAGCACGCGCCCCCAUCAUGAACACGUGGUUCUACAUCACCUACGAGGGCCCUGUCUUGUACAUGUACCAGCUCUUAGGUGAUUAUAAAGAAGGCGACCUUCGCAUUAUGCCCGAUUCUAAUGAUUCUCCUCCAGCAGAAAGGGAACCGGGAGAAGUUGUGGACAGCCUGGUAGGCAGGCAGGUGGAGUAUGCCAAAGAGGACGGCCCUAAAAGGACUGGCAUGGUCAUUCAUCAGGUGGAGGCCAAACCGUCUACCAUCAAGUUUGAUGACGAUUUCCAUAUUUAUGUCUACGAUUUGGUGAAAACAUCCUAG